CCCAACACCACAAGAAUGAAGAGAGCAAAGCCAACGUCUUCACGGAUUACCGAAUUGCCAGACGACUAUGAUGAGAGAAAGCCGGCCACGACGGAGGAGCUGGAGAUGCCUGUUCUCGACGCCUUGAUCUAUUUGAUCCCUCUCUCUUUUCUGCACCUCAUGCUCGAUAUUCUUGUGCAUCAACAGUACUUACAGGAGUACACCGUGCGGGAAGUCGCUUGGAGAACGCUUAGGGCAAUACCAGUGCUCGGUCUAAUCCGUUGCAUAGUCCAUCGUCUUCCGCCCCGUCCACGUCAAUUUGUGUUCUUUCUUGCAUCGGUUGCAUCGGGAUUGUUUCUUAUCCACUCGACGAACAACCAUGGAUACUAUCAUGUCAUGAAGAAGGCACCGUCUUUGGGCACACUAUGGGUAUGGAGCGUGGUGGAGAGUGAACUCAGCCUUGCAAUUGCAUCUUUGGGUAUCGCAGGAGGAUACAUGUAUUUCUGGGAAGGUGGAUCUCUGAAUCUCUAUAAGUGAAGGGAUAUCGGAGAGUGUGGGAAGGUACGAGAUCAUGGUCGCAAGUUAGCGAGAGAGCCGUUGGGGCAUCUCCAUAUCACACAACGUUUCAUGCAUCAAUGAAAAGACGAAAUGACAGCGAC